CAGGUGUGAAAAAUAUAAAUAUUCGAAGUUUUAAUAUAAUGGGCCAUCGAAAGACGAUUUUAGUGAAGCAUUAAUAAACAGUAAUUUCUCUUAUAAAUAAUGUGUGACGGAAUAUAAAUAUAUUUACAACCUACGAAAAAAGAUGACGAACAUAGUGCAUUAAAUUAAGACGUUUAGGUGCGCCGUGUUUUAAUUACCAAAUAAUAUCGUGAACGAGCACAAUGUUUCGAAGUAGAAGCUGGUUUGGGGGUGGAUGGGGUCGUCCCAAGAAUCCCCAUUCAUUAGAAAGAUUAAAAUACCUUCAUAACAUACUCUGUAAGAACACAACAGUUUCUGAGAGCAAUCGAGGGAUUUUGGUAGAAUCACUACGUUGUAUCGCAGAGAUUCUGAUUUGGGGUGAUCAAAAUGAUAGCUCAGUAUUUGAUUUUUUCUUGGAGAAGAAUAUGCUGUCAUAUUUCUUGAGAAUAAUGAGACAAAAAUGUGGUGGAUCUUCCUAUGUGUGUGUACAGUUGCUACAAACACUUAACAUUUUGUUUGAAAACAUAAGAAAUGAGACGUCUCUAUAUUAUUUGUUGAGCAAUAAUCAUGUUAAUAGUAUAAUUGUACACAAGUUUGAUGUUUCCGAUGAGGAAGUAAUGGCCUACUACAUUUCCUUUCUAAAGACCCUCAGCUUAAAACUAAAUAAUCACACUAUACACUUUUUCUACAAUGAGCAUACAAAAGAUUUUCCUCUAUACACAGAGGCUAUUAAGUUCUUUAACCAUCCUGAAUCCAUGGUUCGAAUAGCGGUACGGACACUCACAUUGAAUGUGUAUAGAGUGCAAGAUGCAAGCAUGCUAAGGUUCAUAAGAGACAGAACUGCAGCACCAUACUUCAGUAACUUAGUCUGGUUCAUUGGGAAACAUAUUUUGGAGUUGGAUGCCUGUGUCAGAAAUGAUGCUGAGUAUGUGUUUUUCUUCUGCCAUCAAUCUCAACAGAAGUUAGAUGACUUAGUCGCUGAACAUCUAGAUCACUUACAUUACAUCAACGACAUACUCUGCCUCAAUAUACCGGACCUAAAUGAUGUCCUAACAGAGCAUCUACUGCACAAACUGUUAAUACCUCUGUACAUUUACUCCUUGACUGAGUCUAGAAGACCCGUGACGUCAUCACCCUAUAACAGAGAUCAUCUACAGAGUAUAGAGGCGAUAACUCGAAAUCUAGAAGCGAUAUUGACCGGCAAAUCUGCGGAUACGUCCAGAUUAAACUAUCCCAUACAAAGGGUUGAUUCAGAAGACGAAAAACCAUCAGUAUCGUGCGUGGUCGCUCUAUUUUUACUGUCACAAGUAUUUCUUAUAAUAACUCACGGGCCCAUAGUCCAUGCGUUGGCCUGGAUAAUCAUCCAAAGCGACAUGUCAAUUUUCGAAGAUGGAGCCUCGAAGGUUCUAGACGUGUACAUGUUAAACGCGAAAUCCAAUGUCAAAUUGGAGUUCAGUAAGCCACAGAUGAGCUUAGAGAAGGCUCUAGAAAAUACCUCAUGUUCAGAAAGAGAUUAUACUACUCCGGAAUACUCUGGUCCGAAGACCUUUGGUUACGAUACAGACCAGUCGAGUUGUGAUUUAGAUCCAGAGUUGGUUUCCACAUCUCUCCCUUCCACAUCUCAUAUCAGUGAAUCAUCCAGUGUUGCUCAUGACUCCACAGAAGACCUAGUGACUCAAAUCCAUCCGAAGCCAAAAGAAAACAUGCCGGAUUCUCCCCUACCGGACUCCGGAGUCGACUCCAGUUCUUCAAAAACUCUAUCGGAUCUAAAUAAUAUAACUGAUGAAGAGAAACAGAAGUUACUUAAGGUUGUGCCCGGUACGUCGACCGAACGUACUAUGAGCUUAGAGAAUAUGAUAGAAAGUCAAUCGAAGGAUAUUGAGAAGAGGCCGUUCUUAAAGACUGUAUUGGACUCAUUAGAUUGCAGCGAAAACGACUAUAAGGCGUUGUUCGCACUGUGCUUGUUGUAUGCGCUGAUCAACAAUAAAGUUGGCGUAAGUCCAGAGCUCCUAGAAAUACUGCUAAGCUCUGAUGAGUCGAGUGCUAAAGACAAGGAGAGUUCUGAGAGCCAGGACUCGAGCGAAGCCAGCGAGACUCCUAAGAAACGAUACACGGAGAGUUUCAACGAGCUACUCAUAUCCAAGCUAAUAGCUAUCGCUAACCUUUGUUGUAAACCUACGUCAAAAGUCCGUCUAGUGACGUGCGAGCUGAGCAUACGUCUGCUGCGCGCGGCAAUGUGUAGCGGGCGGGCGGUGCGGGCGCGCGACGUCGCCGCGGCGGACGCCUUACGGGCGCGCGCCGCAGCACUCGCCAGAAACUUCUACAAGUGUGACGACAUAUUCCUGGACAUGUUUGAAGACGAGUAUUGCGAGAUGAGCAAGAAGCCGCUGAACGUGGAAUGGCUGUGCAUGGAUGCGGCGAUCCUGCUGCCCCCCACCAAGACACCAAUGUCCGGCAUCGCCUUCGAGAAACGACUGCCUAGCGGAGAGAUGGAGCGUGCACGUCGCGCCAUACGCACGUUCUUCCUCAUCCGCGCGGCGUACCUGGCGCUGGCGGGCAAACCCGAGACGCAGCUGCCACUCACCAACCCCGCGCCGUUCGAGCGAGUUGGCGACGUUUUGGACCUCAACGACUCUGAUCUCAUCUCGUGCGACAUAAUCCAGAAGGACGGGACGUGGCAGCACCGGUUUUUGGCGGUAGACAGCAUCCAGAUCAUAUUGGUGGAGCCUGACAAGCAACGACUGGGGUGGGGCGUCGCUAAAUUGGUUGGAAGUCUGCAGGAUUUAGAGAUCCAAGGUGACAAGGAGGAUCCUCGUUGCCUGCACCUCACAGUACACAAGCCGCGCGCCGGCGCCGCGCCGCGCACCGUUCUACUGCGUGCGAAGUUCAAGUUCGACGAUCACAUCCGCAGCAUGGCGGCUAAACAGCGCCUUACUAAGGGGCGUACGAAGGCGCGUCAGAAGAAGAUGCAGCAGAUCGGGCGGCUGUUGGAGGUGGCGGGGGUUUCGGCGCCGCUCCCCGCGCCCCGUGCCGCGCCGCUCUUCGCCCGCCCCGCGCUGCGUCGGAAAGGUAUAGAUGGCGAUGACGGUGACAGAAGACUGCGGCGGCCGAGCGGGCACGUGCUGAAAGAUGGUGUAGUGGUCUACCGGGAAAGAACUACUAGUAGAGAGAGUAGCGUGUCCCGCAGCAGCGGUUCCCGCGACGGUUCGCCGCGCGCGCGCUCCGAGGAGAUCCCGAUGGAGGACAUCCGCCGGACCUCCGGCCUCGCCGCCGCCAUACCCUCUACUAGCGUGCAGAAGAAUGUACCCAGUUCCUUCCAAAUGAUGAAGAAGAAUUCCUCAGAGGAAACGUCAUUUAUCUCCAGCGACCCGAAGAAACGGAAAGGAAUCGUAGAGACUAUUUGAUAUUAGCUUAAACCAGCAAUAAUUUUAGAAAGAAACUAAAAUGCUCGCAUCGAAAUACCAUCCUAUACAAGUGUAACGAAACAAAGUAAUAAUACAUUAGGAUGCUAGUCCCCUGUAUAGUUCACUGUGAAAGUAGCAGCGCUAAAAGCUUUUUUGUUUGGACAAAUUAAUAACUCUGAGGUGGUUUUUUUUGCCCAUACAAAAAAAUGACUCUUUCA